AUGAGCCGCGCCGCGGGGGAGCUCGCCCCUUCGCUCCUGGGGCUGGGGCUGCUGCUGUGCAGCUGGGCGUGCCCCGGGGGCGCCGGGCUGCGGGCCCCGCCGGACAGGAUCGCCAUAAUUGGAGCUGGAAUCGGUGGCACUUCGGCAGCCUACUACCUGCGGCAGAAAUUUGGGAAAGAUGUGAAGAUUGACCUGUUUGAAAGAGGCGAGGUGGGGGGCCGCCUGGCCACCAUUACCUUACAGGGGCAAGAGUAUGAAGCAGGAGGCUCUGUCAUCCACCCUUUAAAUCUGCACAUGAAGCGUUUUGUCAAGGACCUGGGUCUCUCUACUAUUCAGAGCUCUGGUGGUCUAAUAGGGGUCUCUAACGGAGAUACUCUGGUGUUUGAGGAGAGCAGCUGGUUUAUAAUUAACAUAAUUAAACUAAUCUGGCAAUAUGGAUUUCAGCCCCUUCGAAUGCACAUGUGGGUAGAGGAUAUAUUAGACAAGUUUAUGAGGAUCUACCGCUACCAGUCUCAUGACUAUGCCUUCAGUAGUGUAGAAAACUUACUACAUUCUCUCGGAGGGGAUGACUUCCUUGGAAUGCUUAACCGGACAUUUCUUGAAACCUUACAGAAAGCAGGUUUCUCUGAGAAAUUCCUUGAUGAAAUGAUUGCUCCCAUCAAUAGGCUCAAUUAUGGCCAAAGCAUGGACAUCAAUGGCUUUGUAGGGGCAGUGUCGCUAGCUGGUGCUGAUUCUGGCCUUUGGGCAAUAGAAGGUGGCAAUAAACUUGUUUGUUCAAGGCUUCUUCAGGCUUCCAAAAGCAACCUUAUAUCUGGCUCAGUCAUGUACAUAGAGAAAACAAGAACCAAGCAGACAGGAAACCCCACAAAAAUGUAUCAAGUGGUCUAUCAAACUGGAUCUGAGACCCGUUCAGACUUUUAUGACAUCGUCUUGGUGGCCACUCCAUUGAAUCGAAAAAUGUCCAAUAUAACUUUUCUCAACUUUGAUCCUCCAAUUGAGGAAUUCCAUCAACACUACCAACAAAUAGUGGCAACUUUUAUUAAGGGGAAGUUGAAUUCAUCUUCUUUUAACUCCAGAGCUUUAGAUGAACUUGGUCUCAGUACAAUCUUAACCACUGACAAUUCACACUUGUUUAUCAAUAGCAUUGGAAUUGUGUCCUCUGUAAGAGAAAAUAAUAAUCCUCAACCAUCAACAGAUGGAGCUUUUGUUUGGAAGACCUUUUCCCCGGAAACUCUUACUAAGGAGCAACUUUUAAAGCUCUUUUUGUCCUAUGAAUAUGCUGUGAAGCAGCAGUGGCAUGCAUAUCCUCACUAUAAGCCUCCAGAGAAAUGCUCCUCCAUCAUACUCCAUGACCGACUCUAUUACCUCAAUGCCAUGGAGUGUGCAGCAAGUGCCAUGGAAAUGAGUGCCAUUGCAGCCCACAAUGCCGCUCUCCUCGCCUAUCAUCGCUGGAACGGGCACACGGAUAUGAUUGACCAAGAGGAUUUGUAUGAGAAACUGAAAACUGAACUAUGA